UACAUCACAGUUGACGAAAGUCCUUCAUAAAUGAAAUGAAGGGAAUAGGAAAUUUAGACUUAAAUCGCCUAUCUAUAUAUUUACCGAGACGAUCUAUUUUCAAAUACCCCAUACAUGAUGACAUGGGUGAGAGGAGUGUGAUAACAGAAUGGACUUUGAAACUCAUGCGACAUUUAAGGACUAACUACAAUCCACUGGAGUUUUGUUUUGUCCUCUGUCUUGGAUGGAUAUGUAAAAGUUGAAGCAAAGUUAAAAGUCACGACACGAGAUGCAGUACAUUCGAGAUGCAGCCGGAAAUCCUAAUCCGUCUACACUGGCGCUUGGAGCCGCGGCGACGGUGACGGUAGCGGCCGCCAGUUUCUACGCCGCCACCAGACCCACACCUCUCGCGCCGCCUGUAGAUAUGGACAAUCAAUCCAUCAGACUUCCGGACGGGUCGCGAACAAGCACCUGGGUGCCGGACGGGAAAUCGUUCAUAGAAUACGCCCACGAGGAUGCACGGACCACGCACGAGUGCUUCAAGCGGGGACUCAGGAUCAGCAGAAAUAAGCCAUGCCUUGGUAGAAGGAACGGCCCUAACAGAUCCUACACCUGGCUCACGUACCAAGAGGUGUUCGAUAUGGCCAAGGACUUUGGAUCCGGGCUUCUGGAAGAAGGUUUAGAGCCUGGUGCAGAAACCAUUGUGGGAAUCUACGCUGCUAACCGGGUGGAGUGGACGGUGACUGACCAGGCGUGCAGCAUGUUCUCCAUUGUCACGUGCGCCCUCUACGACACUCUUGGACCUGACGUGUGCGCCUACAUAAUCAACCAGACCGAGAUGCCUUUAGUUAUCUGUGAGAACGCGGCGAAGGCACAGCUGCUGCUGGACAAGGGUGGGAGCCUCAAGUCGCUCAAGUGUCUAAUCAUCAUGGACCCUAUUAGCGACCAGAACAGAACCACCGCGCAAUUACACGACAUCAAACUCGUACAGUUUGAGACUGUACAGAAUGCAGGAAGAGCUAACCCAAAAGACGCUGUGCCUCCGUCCCCGGACGACCUAUGCCUGAUCUGCUACACGAGCGGCACCACGGGUGACCCAAAGGGCGCAAUGAUGACGCACAGGAGCAUGAUAGCCAACCUCGCAUCCAUAUCCGUCUUCGCCAGUAAAGGCGGAGUAGGAAUUACAGCUGAAGACAGUAGCCUUUCAUAUCUGCCAUUGGCACACGUUUUUGAGAGGGGAUUGCAGACGAUUUUUUUUAUGAAUGGUGCGCGGCUAGGGUUCUCUUCCGGAGACGUGAAGCUGCUGACGGACGACUUGCAGGCGCUCAAACCCACCGUGUUCCCUACCGUCCCCAGACUUCUCAACCGGAUAUAUGACAAGGUCAUUUCUGGAGUGAAGACCAGUAAACUGAAAUCCAUGUUGUUUUCAUUGGCAUGCAGCUCAAAAGAAAAGGAACUCAGAAGACGUAUUAUCCGGAAGGACAGUAUCUGGGACUGGCUGGUGUUCGGGAAGAUCCAAGCACUACUUGGAGGCCGGGUGAGGCUCGUCUUCACAGCCUCAGCACCGCUAGAACCAAAGGUGCUCAACUUCACAAGAUGUGCCUUCGGAUGUGUGGUGAUCGAAGGGUACGGUCAGACAGAAAAUACUGCUGGCAUUUCCUUCAAUAUUCCCGGAGAGUACGAACCAGGGCACUGUGGACCGCCGUUGCCGUGUAACAUUGUGAAGCUCGAGGAUGUACCGGAAAUGGAUUACUACGCUAAGGACGACAAAGGAGAGGUUUUAUGCAAAGGCCCGAGCGUGUUUUGCGGCUAUUACAAGAGCGAGGACAAAACUAAGGAAGCCCUGGACGAAGACGGCUGGUUGCACACUGGCGACAUCGGGCAAUGGCUUCCGAACGGAUGUCUCAAGAUCAUUGACCGGAAGAAGAACAUCUUCAAGUUGUCACAGGGCGAGUAUGUUGCCGCGGAAAAGAUAGAGAACACGUACAUGCGCAGCCAGUUUGUGGCCCAGGCUUUCAUCGAGGGAGACAGUCUGCAGCCCUACUUGAUGGGUGUGAUGGUUCCGGAUGAGGAGGAGCUGAUGGCCUGGGCGGCUAAGAACGACGCCUCUGGCUCUUAUCGGGAGCUGUGCGCCAGAAAAGACGUUAAAGAGAUAAUAUUAAAGGACAUUAACGCCGUCGGAAAGAAAGCCGGACUAAAAGGCUUUGAGAUGGUGAAAGACAUCAUUGUGUACCCGGAGCUCUUUAGUGUAGAUAAUGGACUCUUGACACCAACUUUCAAGAACAAAAGACCAAAUCUGAGAAAGUUCUUCAAGACUCAGAUACAAGAACUGUACAAGAAACAUUCUUCAUCAUAAACCAAAUAAUUAGAUCCUCGUGUUAGGAAUAUUUAAUAUGACUGUUUGAAGAGGAUUGACUAGUGUUGUGAUUAAAAACUUUGACAAUUGUUAUUAAAGACAGUCCCUGAUCGCUGAACUUGGUUCAGAAACGUGGUCUUAUUUAGACGAUAUGACAAGAAUAAAUCAUAAUUACCAUUUUA